GAUUCACUUAAUUUGGAAAUCUCAGAGGGAAAGUGCCCCCCUCCAAAAAGGGUUUCGAAAAUUUGAGUUUUUCGUGACCCUAUAAGUGUGUAUCUCUUCUUACUCCUCUCUCUCCCUCUCCCUCCCUCUCUCCCUCUCUCUCCCUAUCCCUCUCUCCCUUCCUCUCUCCCUCUCCGUCACCAGUCGGAGCACAUGGGGACCUCUCUCUACGACCUAGUACUGGAAGAAGAUCAAACUAGUGUAAAACUCGCCCUCUCAUCAGCCGAGAUCAAGGCUCAUACCAGAAUAGGCACUAAACGUGUGAGUGUCCCGUGCAGCUUCUUCUGCCGGAUGAGGUGCUCAAGAAACAAAAUCGCAAACACGCAGUCAAAAUCUCCUGGCUACAAGGUGGUCCACACCAGUGGCUAUUUCCAGCUACACGGGAGCGAGGCAUUCCUGGUUGCCUUGGUGAAGCCCGUGACUCCGCCCUCCAUACUGGAGAUAAGGAUGGAGGGAAACAUGUUUGUGACUCACUACGCUCUGGACAUGCACUGCACCUUCUUUGACGGGAGGCUCAACCAUCUCAUGGGCUACGGAAAAGAAGACUUGAGGGGUAAACUGGCCUUCGACUUUCAUCACCAUGACGACACCGAUGCAACGCUGGAAUGCAGCAGAGGAGUUCAAGCCCGUGGAGAGGGGAUGAGCGGCUACUACAGGAUGAUAACGAAGCACGGGCAGUUUGUGUGGCUCCAGACAAGAGCCACCAUGAUGUUUGAUAGCCACACCGGGAACCCGUCAUACAUCGUCUGCAUGAACUUCAUCAUCAACAAGGAGAAGGGGAUCCAAAGUGUUGGGACCAGGAAAGCUCUGCCAGCCCCUCCCCUCGAUUCUAAGACCGAAGGCUUCAUCUCGGAGGAGAAGAGCAAAGCACACGACCCGUUUCCAAUCCCUCGAGAAGACGGGAUGGAUGUCAACCCUCUCUCUGUCGACCCGAGCGAUAAAGUUUCCGCGGAUUCUCUCUCUUUCUCUUCUUCCUCUCUCAGCGGCAGGAAACCUGGGACGGGGGCCAUGAAGAUGGAGGCAGAAAGCCCGCCUCACCUUCCUCCUCUUCCUAACACAGAGGAACCGUCUUCAACUACAGGUCCACCGCCUUCUAUUAGAGGGUCGUCCUCCGACGUAUCAUCAGGGGCAGAGGUCGGAGGUCGUUUCCAUGACCCUGACCACACCCCUUCGUCUGGCGGAGGUAUGAGUAACGAGUGUGUCCCUGACUCGACUUCGGCUGGUGAAGCAUCUCCAGGGUACGACAUAAACCGAGCCGGUGAGUCCGGGUACAACACUCGCACUUCUUCAUACUCUGCUCGACCCAAGAAGACCCCGUCUGAUUCUGAUUCAACGGGGACUAGUUCCACAGUAAGCCCGUCCGUCAUUUUCAUUGGUGACGGCGGCAUCAGCCACGGCGAAGUAUCACGGAGUUCUUCUAACAGUGGUGUCUCCGCCGUACUGUCAUACGCUGGUUCCAGUACCACAGUACUGGAACCAGAGCCCUCCUCUGUGUACCAAGACCCUGUCAUUCAAGAGUUGCCGUCAGUAACGAUGGGGAGGGAUUCCGAGCCUCUGAGGCCAUCUUGUCGACGCCAGUCUGCUGGUGGUUUGCCUCCUCAAAACACCUCUGUGUGCCAUCACCAACAGCUUCAGCAGAAACCACUGAGUUCCAAUGGUGGCCAACAACAACCACUCUCCUACCAAGGUGGUCAACAACAGCAACCACUCAUCUACCAAGGUGACCAACAACAACCACACUCCUACCAAGGUGGCCAACAACAACCACUCUCCUACCAAGGUGGUCAACAACAGCAAUUACAACAGCCAAUUGUCUACCAAAGUGACCAACAACAGCAACCACUCAGCUACCAAAGUGACCAACAACAGCAACCACUCAGCUACCAAAGUGGCCAACAGCAACCACUCAGCUACCAAGGUGGCCAACAACAACCACUCUCCUACCAAAGUGGUCAACAACAGCAAUUACAACAGCCAAUUGUCUACCAAAGUGACCAACAACAGCAACCACUCAGCUACCAAAGUGGCCAACAGCAACCACUCAGCUACCAAAGUGACCAACAACAGCAACCACUCAGCUACCAAAGUGACCAACAACAGCAACCACUCAGCUACCUAAGUAGCCAACAGCAACCACUCAGCUACCAAAGUAACCAACAGCAACCACUCAGCUACCAAAGUAGCCAACAACAACCACUCAGCUACCAAAGUAGCCAACAGCAACCACUCAGCUACCAAAGUGGACAACACUACCAACAGCCACUCAAUCACAUUGCAAACCACGCCCCCUCCACAAUUCCCGUACCACGCCCAGGAUAUGUCUCCCAGCAACAGAUGAUGAAACAAGAAGCAACCCAACCUCCCUGUCGCUAUUCCAAUCCGACGCAGACUGGAACCGGGACCUCGUGGCAGGGGAAUGAAAUUGGGACACAGCAGUACCAGUACCAGCCUCUACAACGGCCUUCUUACCAGUUACAUCACGAAAACUCUUCCUCUUUCGCAGCUACGAACAUCAAAGAUCCCCAUCAAAGGCUUUUGCAGAAUCUACCAAUUGAUGGAGGCUUUCUUCCUCCGCACCAAAUGGCUCCUUCCCAAAGCCACACCCACCAAAUAACUCCUCAAAGCCACAGCCAAGUGCCUCCUCCUCAAGGCUAUACCAACCAAAUGACAUCUUCCCAAUUUCAAACUCAGCAUCAGCAAGUCCCCCUGCCCCAUAAUUUUCAAAGCCCCACUUUCCAAGCUCCCCCUCCCACACAAAACCCCCUGCCUCAAAAUCAGCACCCGGGUGGGCUAAACCCCCAAACCCUACCACUUUUGUCCACGCUGGACCAAUCCAAUAGUUCCAGGGAAUUAUUCAGUGCUUCCACAAACCAACCAGCUGUCCCUCCUUCGCAAUGUGGGGUAGCCGAGGGACCCUCCGGCAAUGGAAACUCAUUCGCGAGUAUUCCACUUUCCCACCCGCAGCAAUUUGCAAAUCCUCAGACGACGGGUGUCGGGGUGGCUGGAAAUAUGGGUCACGUGACCAGUAAUGUGACUCCGGACUUGAUCAAUCUGACGGGAGAAGAUUUGCAGAUUCUCGACUUUAUCGACACAUUGGGUACUGGGGGUGGUGGGGGGUUCGCACAGCCUUUGGCUUCCUCGCACUUGCACACCAAAUAAAAACUGCAACUCUACUACAUAAUAAUUCUGUGGUAAAAUUUUGAUGAAAUUGCUGCUACGUAUCUAAGCUCAAUUUUUUGGGUUUUUCAUGUCACAUUUCCCUAACUUUAGUUUUGCAUCCCCACCAACCUUUUUUUCUCUUUGAAUGAUCAG